GAGGGGAGUGGGGGAAUGUUUGAAUGAGACUUUUAUUUAUGUGGUUCAGAUAGCUCAGCGUUGCCUGUGUCGGUAGAGAUGUUGUUCUGCUCUUAUUUCUUAGGCUGCUUGCUGUAUUUUUAGCUGGGAAAAGUCUUUACUUUGUUUGUACAAAACCUCUGCUAUGUGGUAUGGAAACUUUGGGGGGGUGGUGGUGUGAGUAUUUAACAGGGAGAGUAUGAUCUAUUCACACUGACUUCCUAACUCGUUUUAAACUCUCUUCUAAAAAAAAAAAUCUCAGCCGGAUUCUUUAAAAAAUAAAAUGAAAAAUGAGGAACAUUGUUGCGCAAGAACUGGAAAGAACCCAAAUAGUUUGCUUACUGUUAAAAUUGCGACAUGACUGGAAACAUUUGGUAAAGAAAAAUUAAUUGCGUGGUGUAUUUGUGGUUUCCUGUUGAAUCUCAAUUUCUAGAGGAGGUUGAAAAUCCCAUGGAUGUUUCCUCAGAUUACUAGAUAGCAUUAUACCUUGUGUGCAUGAUGAAAGACCUUCAGUAAAGCGUGCCAGAUAUCCAUGGCUUGCUAUAAAAAGUCUCUCCCAUCUGGAACAUGACUGUUUUCUCCUUUUUAGUAGGAUGAUUUGAGCAGAGAUAAACAUGCAGUGAAAUUUAGCCUGGUCCAAUCUUACUCCACUACCAGUAUGGAUUUCCUUGCAGUCUGGGAGUCACCUGAAGGAGGAUGCUUAGCCUUUUAAUGAGCUUUGAAGCCAUGGGUAGGGAUGGCUGGUGAGGGAGGAGGGGAGGACCAAGCAGUUGUCAUUCAGCAGAGGAUGGGCUUGAAUGUGGUUGAAGAUCUGCUCUGGGUCAUCUCACGUCACUCCUGAGUAACGAUCCUGUGCAUGCUGAGCUGCAGAGCCAGAGCUUGGGGGAAAUCAGCUGGGAGGACUGCUAGGACUGUUUGGAGUCCUUCAGCUGCCCUCUGAGAGACCCCACCAUGGCCAGUCACAAAGCCACUUCCACACAGAGCUGGAGCACCUGGUUGUGACCGUGGUCACGCAUAGGAAGGGCUGGAUGGACAGGCAGGGUGGUGAAUGCUGGGGAAGAUUGCUGAAGAACAUGGUGGUUUCCCCUGUCUGGAGGCUUGGGGAGUGUCUGAGAGCUGCUGGGUGAAACCCUGGCCUGGAGACAUCUGGCCAGGGGUCAGAUCAGAGCAUCACAUUGGCCCAGAGCCCCUGCUCUGCCUCCUCGUUUGAUCACACAGAUGUUUGUGUAUGCAGAGGCAUAACUCAUGAUGACACAGGGCUUAAGGUUGUGAAAUCUUUGAGGCUCUUCUCGGUAUUCCUGUGGGAAGGGAAGAGUUAUCCCUCAGAUAAUUUCCAUGGGGAAAUAGUUAAUCUCAUAAACACCAGAGGUUGUUUUCUAAAGCGAAGGCAGGGCUGUGGGGGAGCGUGGUUAACCAUGUAGAGUGAAGACAGGCUGAAGCUCAUAAAGGAAAAAUGUAUGUAGGAGUUUAUAGAUGUAUAUGCGUGUAUUAGAACUUCAAUUUGAGAUCACUGACUGAGAUUAGAAUGAGCUGCUGUGGAGCUAAACCACUUACAGAGAGCUGAGAGCAACUUUUUGAGAUGGAUGGUGGCCCCACAGCUUGAUGACUGAGAACAUGCACGGUUUAAAGUCUGCUUCUUUAAAGUGUUGGGUUUUUUGGUGUAGUUUGAAGUAAUGAAAAACUUAUUUUAGGAUUAAUGCCCAUCCAGCUUCCUGAGAAUUCCUAUCCAGUUUUGGAUGUCUGUGUUCACUCUUGGGCUGUUGGGAGUUAAAUUUUCCUCUUGCCUCAAUUGUGGAAACAGUCUUCAUUUAUCGUUUCCCAGUUUAGCUCCCGUAUUAAAAUUAUAACAAGGCUGGGAUUUAUUUUUGUCUUGUGUACAUUUAUCUCCUGUGUAUCCUUGUGUCUAUUAUUAGAGUCCUGCUCCAUUGCUAAAUGGAUUGGCCGAGUUCUUGGGGACAAAUAUUGAAGCAUAUGACUAGACUGCAAUACCCCUCAGCCACUUGGCUCUGCAGUAUUCGUAGUGCCUGGGUUUACCCAGCUUGUCACAGCUUAUUUUAAAUGCUGAGGCUGCAGUGGGCAGAGCCAGCAGAUAGGAGAUCUUAAAUGGCAUAUCAGUUUGUAAGUGAAAGGAGGGAGGAGGUGGACAUGGAGGGGAAGCUCCAGCUGAGAAUAAACAGAUAACAGUGGUGUGGUUUUGGGGAGCAGCUGAGUUGCGUGGCCUGGGUACAGCCCUUUUGUUUAGAUUUUUUUAUUUGGACUUUCUUUUUUUUCCUUGACAGGAUAUUUCUGUUUCAGACUGAAAAUCAGGAAAUGUUGAAUCCUCUGGGAGAGGACUGGAGUGGUGGUUGGAUGGCCAUGAGCUUACCCUUUCCUGAGUUAAAAAACAAGCUUUACAUAGGUUCCAGCCAUGUUUCAAAGUCCCUGUGACUUCUGCCAGUCAGUGGCUGAACAUUUGUCCUCCAAUUUCUCCCUGACUUCUUGGCUUGCACAGGAGUGAUUUGUGUUUCCACUGAUCUUUCCUUCUGGUUCCACAUCCAGUCUGAGCUAGCUGGUUUUUUUUGGUCUUUGAGGAGUUUGCUCUGUUUCAUAACUUUGCUGUUGAGUAUCUUCACCACGUUCUUGCUUUGCUUUCAGGAUCUCUUUGUCCUUGUGGCCUCUUACAUGUCUGCAGGUCUCUCCCAAGUUUUAGGAAGAUGCUCAGGGCUCUGCACACUGUAUUGUUAGGCCUUUCUGAGGUUUAGUUUUCAGUGCUUUUAAAUAAUUUUUUAAAUUGCGUAGGCAGUGCCUUUGGCAAGGACAUGGUCCAGAACUCACAGAAACAGAGGAGACUCUUACUGGAGUAAAGCACGGCUUGGGAUCAGAUUCUUGGUUUGGUUUUUAUUCCCUUCCACUUUGUUUCACCAAAAGAUGUGAUGAGCUACUUCCCUACUCUGAUUUGUUGGAUUUUUUUUUCCUUUCUCUAUUGUCUGCAGGAUUUUCUCUGCUACUGGACUUCUUGAUCCACUUGGAGAGGCAUUGCCUAGUAAUGUCAGCUUUUUUUUGCACAGAUCCUUGAAUGAGUCGUCUUUUUCCACCUCCUCCCUUCUUUGUGUUCCUCAUCCAACAUCCUUUGGUUCCUACGUACGUGCCACAUGCUUCCUUUGUUUUGCCUGUGUUAACAGAAUUUUCUGACGUUGGAGCCUGUUCUGGAGGAUGUGGCUUGGCCCUUGCAAAGCUUUUUCUCUGCUGCAGCCUCUGGUGGAGGCAGGUGUGCCCAGUGUGCAGUGGUACCUGGGGUGGGUGUGCUUUUUGGAGGCUCUGGCUUGUGGAGCAGAGGGAUGGUUUAGCCCUGGCCAUGCAGCUGUGGGUGUAGGAGUCUUGGAGCUGCAGGGUAGGAUCAGCACACAGGACUGAGUUUCCUAAAGGAUUUUUUACUGUGGCCACAGAAUUGCUUGGCAGGUGGAGGAAAGUUGAUCAAACAAACCUGCUUCCACCAAUUGUCCAGCUUUUGUAUUUCUUUUGGGGAUUUUUUUUUUUUUUCAAUUUCAUGGACUUUAAAGCAUGCGUGAUUGAACAGUUUAAUUAACUGUGGGAACUGCUGGAGAGAACUUACUGGGAUUUUCUGCAAACCUUGCUGCCCUUUUCAUGUUUUUGGCUCAGCAGAGUUGCUGUGAGCAAGCAGGCGGGAGUGCCCGAGGAUGUGGCCCAGGUAAGAUGUUAUCACCUGAACAGAGAUCAAAGUGCCUGUGCAGUUGACUCUGGUGUGUAGGCUGGCUGUUUGAUGGUGGGAACCAGCCCCUGAUCUGGUCCCCCCACCUGGAAAGGCUGCUCGUGGAGCUAAGGUGCACCUUGGGCACAUUGCUACUCUUUGGGUCAUCUUCUCUUCCAGCUGACACCUCAAACUGUGCCAGAGGCUGUGAGACUGGUUACAGGAGGAAUGUCAGCAGUGGUGUUAAAGUUGUAGGAGCUUUAUGGAAACCUGGAGGUUUGUCAUGGCCUGCCAGAGUGUUUUCAGAGGCUGCCAACAGGUGAUACUUCAGCUUGUAAUCCUGCUCUCCCUGCAGUGAAUGGGUGAAGAGAGGCUCCCCAUGACUUUGCAGAGGUUGGCCUUCAGCCCAAGUUUUUCUCCUGGUCCUGUCAGGAAAGUCACCGUGUCUGGGUCCCUUGGCAUGGCUGAACAUGGGUUUUGCUGGCCAUGGGAACCACCUGGGGGCUGGUACAGGAGCUGUAAGUGGCUGCAAGUGGCUCCUUCUCCAGGGAGAGCAGGAGAAGUGAAGAUCCACCUUGGAAUAAUGGAGGUUAUAACAACAAGGUUCUGGCUUGCGUUUCCAGCUUUAUUAGCAGUGAUCAAAAUUGAUUUUCUAAUGUUUUUUUCUUGUGCUCCCAGUGAUUUUCUGUGGUCAAAUCUGCCUUCUUGUUUUGUGCGGGUGCAUGAAUGGAUUGUAUUGGAGCUGGCUUUCAGGCUACAGAGUCUGCUUCAUCCUGACACCCAGCCCUGAACAUGCCCUGGCUGUGCAGUCUGUCCAGAGGCUGUACGUGAUCAAGCAUGCACCUCAUUGGUCUGGAAUUGUUAAAGGUCAAGGAUAUUAUUGCAGAAGGUUAAUUUACAAAAAAAACCCAGCAACAUUCUGUAAGAGGUGCUGGUGGUUAUUUCCUUUAAAUCCUUAGAUUUGGGGUUUGAGGGGAAAAAUUAUUAAAUGAUGUCUUCAAGCUGAAUAAAGAAGUCGGUAUUGAAUGUUCUAAUGUCUUACAGAUGCUGUGGGGUUUUGGGGUUUUAUUUUAAGUUUAACAAUGGAAGUUGGAGUGGCUCCAGCACCAUAAAGAAUAGUCUGUUUAAUUAAGGGUUUAAGCUGGAAGAGUGUGUGUAGUGUGAUGCCAUUUUAAAGUUUCAGCAGGGUUUUGUAGUUGUUAUUCCUCAUCUUGCAUCAUCCAUCCCUGUGUCUGGGGUCAUGGUGGGGCUGGGUGUUCCUUACCCAGAGAACAGAGGUUGGUCUGUGUAAGAGCAGGAAGGUUUCUCCAGAUGUUUCUGACUGAAUUAUUUUCUCUUUCUCGUGACUCCUGAUGAACACCUUAAGGUGCUGUCUUUGCAGGCACAUGAUAUGUUACGCACAGGAGGAAAUACCAGCUUUGGUUUUCCCUAAUAGCUUGGGGUUUUUCUUCAGGCUGUUUUCUGGUCAUGUUCUUUUAGAUGUCAUCUUAGUAACAGCAAAUUGGGAUGGAGGUUUUGGGGGAAGGGGCAGGAGACUGGGAUCAUGUGCAGCCUGCUCAGGGAGGUAUCCUGAGACACACUGAGGUUUCACUGGAAUGGAGGAGCAGGAGAUGGAGCUGUGUCUGUGGCAUUCAGAGCAGGGCUAAGUCCCAUCCCCAUGGAAGUUCUUAGGGUUCUCUGUGGCUCAUUCACCUGUAACCUACCGGGGUGAAACCCAGAAGGUUUACCAUUAAAAAGAGACUAAAUUAUUAUUCUCACCUAGAAAACACAAAUGUUCCAGUCAUGUGACAGAGUCCUCAUUAGAAAAAACAACAUUAAGAGAUUUAAGGAUGGCACCUCUUAACUUCAGCCCAUUCUGAGCUCAUGAGAUUCAGGUAGAUGCUCCGUGACAGGUCUGCUUUUCUUCCCCCUCAUGUGUGGCUCUACUUGGCUUUCUGGUAGCAUAACGUGUAUUUAAUUAUCAGCAGCAACAGCUGCUGCUCUUGGCCAUCUUGCACACUUUGGUACAGGAACCAGCAUCUGCCAGGGUGUGCUGCAUCCUGGUUUGUGCUGAGAUGAUUGCUUGACUCUUUUUUUAAUUUUUUUUUUUUUUCUGUGGGAAUUAGGCUCUUCUGUGGCAUUAGGAAUUGUAGCCUUGUAUCAAAGGCUGAGCAGCUGGGAGCCUGACAUGUACCAAGGAACCUUUAUGGUUUGCAUUUAGUCUCUCCUGGUAUGUUUAUUCCCAUAAAAUAAUUAAUUGAACUAGAGCUCCAAGCGGUGUUAUCACCUCUACACAUUAGAAAAUCAUAAUCAUGCUCUGCAACUUAAUGAGAUUUAGAAAGAAGUGUUCUUUUUUUUGUUUGCCUUCUGGUUUUGAGUGUUAAAGACUCCCAGGGGUCGUGCAUUCAAGUCUUUCCUGGAGAUCACGGGGGCAGUGGGCUGCUGUGUGCAGAGGGCUGCCAUGGAGAGCCACCAGGCAGAGCAGGAGCCUUUGGAUUUCCCAGCGUUCUUGCCAGAAAUGGAGCUGGAUGGUGAACGCUGGCAACACUGUUUGAGAACUGAGCAUUGAGAAUGGAGUCAACUCUGUUUUUUGUGGUGGCCUUGGCUCUGCUGUUCUUCAGUUUUCCUUUUAAUUUCUAUUGUUUUCUUUGCUUAUUUGCUAACUUGCAAAAUUCAGCAAAUUGCAGAGGAUCUCCCAGGCCUUGGGGUGAGUUUUCCUCGGGGCUGCAGCGAGCCAGCACACGGCCAUGGCGCUCACUGAGCUCAUGCUCAGAGCUGUAAAUGCAGCUGGGACCUGCUGGCCUUUGGGUGGUCAGGGUCUGUGCUGGGGUCAUCCUGGACAGAGUGUGUGGGUAGUCAGGGUAAACAUUAACUUCACAUGAUCUCGGGGGCUGCUCUGUGUGUGUGUGUGUGUGUGUGUUAGCUGCUCAUUUCAGUAGGAUUUGGUUGAAACACAAUCAUAAGGCUCCUUAACUUCAUCAGUCUUCCUACACCACUGACACUAAUGAUGGCUUGAGUGUCUGUUCCUCUUCUGUUUGAGUUUUGCUGCUGUUUCUCAGUCUUGCCAGGAUGUGGUACUGCUUUUAACUCAUUCAGCUUCAGAAUAAGCCCCAGCAGUAUGGGCAGGUUGCCCUGCGCUGCCACAGGGGCACAGGGCAUCUCGAGUGCAGCUGGCUCUCCGGGACAUCCCUGCAAUGCUGUCCCAACAGGACACAUGACUUCUCCCAGCAUUUGAUGAGGGAGGAUUUAUGAAGCAUCUUGCUGCCCUGCAGCUCUGCAUAUCACACCCAGAGCCACACCAGCCUGCUCACAGCUCGCCCAGGAGGGCACUGACACAACCACAUGCACAAAGUGUUAUUUUGUGGUCUGUUUUCUCUCAGGCCAGGCAAGCUGGAGGAGAACCUCGCACGCAGCUCGCUGGAGGCAGCGAGCAGAGCAAAUGUACCUGCUGAGUAACAGACUGGAAUAACCCCAGAAGAGCCCAGAUGGGGUUGUGGCACUUUACUGCAGAUGCUGUGUCUGUGACAAAUCAACAAAUCCAGUAGAUGGGAAACGGAUCCGGCGUGCUGUCCCUGGGAAGAGGAGCAUCCCCUGCUCCACUGCCCCGCGACCCUGGACUGUCUGGGCAAUUCCUGCUGGUGGUGCAGGAAGGAAAUGGUUAAAGGAGGAGAGGUUGUCAAGUUGGGUUAGCCAUCAGAUAGCUAAUAUUUUAGAGGUUUUUCAGAGCUAAGCUAUAAAAAGGCCGUAGCAGUAUUUCAACUCGCCCAUUGUCUGCUGGAAGCCAGCCAGCGUUGCCAUGCCGACGAGGAAUUAUUACUUGCUGCCAGAGCUGGAGGAAAAGCUCAUACUUUUGGCUUCAAAACAGGAGGGGUGGACUUAUGUAAUCCACUGUGUUUAUAGGCUGAGACUGGCAGGAGCAUUGAGAAAUAAUUACAGGCUUUCCAUUUCAUUUCCAGAUUGGUUUUAAGGCUGUGUGGCCUCGCUUUAUUUAUUUAUUUUGAAGUUAGGAGAGUGGCUGCAAAAGAUGCAGGAGGUGAUGUGGGGAUGCUGCUAGCUAUUGCACGACGUGGGGAGCGCACACACGAUGAAGAGGAGCUCUCGGCUCUCCUAAUCCUUCGCUGGUGAUUCGGAGGCAGUGCCUGCCCGUUGGCCAUGUCUGGCUCCACGCAGCCCGUGACGCAGAGCUGGCGCGCGGCCGAGCCGCGCUACCCCCCGCACGCCAUGUCCUACCCGGUGCAGAUUGCCCGCCCGCACGCGGACGUGGCUCUGUUGGAGUACCAGCAUCAUUCCAGGGAUUUCGCUUCCCACCUCCCGCCAGGGUCUAUCAUGCAGCCGCAGCGCCGGAGGCCGUCCCUGCUCUCCGAGUUCCAGCCGGGCAAUGAAAGAUCUCAGGAGCUGCACCUGAGGAGCGAGGGCCAUUCCUAUCUCUCUGACCUGACCAAGCCGUCGGACUUGGAGUUCAUUGAAAGCAAGAGGCCACGCCUGGAGCUGCUGCAGGACCCUCUGCUGCGGCACUCGCCUCUCCUGAGCCAGAGCCAGCCCGGGGGCACCGACGACCUCUCCAAGGAUCGUGGCCUGCCUGGCAAGCUGGAGCCCGUGUCACCCGUGAGCCCUGCCCACGCCGAGGCCGAGCUGGAGCUGCUGCCCGCCCGGCUCUCCAAGGAGGAGCUCAUCCAGAACAUGGACCGCGUGGACCGCGAGAUCACCAUGGUGGAGCAGCAGAUCUCCAAGCUGAAGAAGAAGCAGCAACAGUUGGAGGAAGAAGCAGCCAAACCACCAGAGCCUGAAAAACCCAUCUCUCCCCCUCCUAUUGAGUCCAAACAUCGCAGCUUGGUGCAGAUCAUCUACGACGAGAACAGGAAGAAGGCGGAGGCUGCCCACCGGAUCCUGGAAGGGCUGGGUCCGCAGGUGGAGCUGCCGUUAUACAACCAGCCUUCAGACACCAGGCAGUACCAUGAGAACAUUAAAAUAAACCAGGCAAUGCGGAAAAAGUUAAUUUUAUACUUUAAGAGGAGAAAUCAUGCGCGCAAACAGUGGGAACAGAAGUUUUGCCAGCGCUAUGACCAGCUGAUGGAGGCCUGGGAAAAAAAAGUGGAGCGCAUUGAAAAUAACCCACGGCGGCGUGCCAAAGAGAGCAAAGUGCGGGAAUACUAUGAGAAGCAAUUCCCGGAGAUCCGGAAGCAACGCGAGCUGCAAGAGCGCAUGCAGAGGUUAGAGGAGAAGCGCAGGGUAGGACAGAGGGGCAGUGGCGGGCUCUCCAUGUCAGCCGCACGCAGCGAGCACGAGGUGUCCGAAAUCAUCGACGGGCUCUCAGAACAAGAGAACCUGGAGAAGCAGAUGCGCCAGCUCGCCGUCAUCCCGCCCAUGCUCUACGAUGCCGACCAGCAGCGCAUCAAAUUCAUCAACAUGAACGGCCUCAUGGAUGACCCCAUGAAGGUCUACAAGGACCGGCAGGUGAUGAACAUGUGGAGCGAGCAGGAGAAGGAGACCUUCCGGGAAAAGUUCAUGCAGCAUCCGAAGAACUUCGGCCUGAUCGCAUCCUUCCUGGACAGGAAGACGGUGGCUGACUGUGUCCUCUAUUACUACCUGACCAAGAAGAAUGAGAAUUACAAGAACCUCGUGAGGAGGAAUUACCGGCGGCGUGGGAAGAGCCAGCAGCAGCAAAUGCCCCGAAGCAGCCAAGAAGAGAAAGAUGAAAAAGAGAAAGAAAAAGAGAAGGAGGGAGAGAAGGAGGAAGACAAGCAGGAAACAGAAAAUGACAAAGAAGAACUGACAAAGGACAAGAACGACGACACGUCCGGAGAAGACAACGAUGAGAAGGAAACGGUCACCUCCAAAGGUCGCAAAACCGCCAACAGCCAGGGCCGGCGCAAGGGCCGCAUCACCCGCUCCAUGGCCAACGAGGCCAACAACGAGGAGGCAGCCACGCCGCAGCAGAGCGCCGAGCUGGCUUCCCUGGAAAUGAAUGAAAGCUCUCGCUGGACCGAAGAGGAGAUGGAGACGGCUAAAAAAGGUCUCCUUGAGCAUGGGCGGAACUGGUCGGCCAUUGCCAGGAUGGUGGGCUCCAAGACCGUGUCGCAGUGCAAAAACUUCUACUUCAACUACAAGAAGAGGCAGAACUUGGACGAGAUCCUACAGCAGCACAAACUGAAAAUGGAGAAAGAAAGGAACGCCAAGAGGAAGAAGAAAAAAGGCGCCGCCGUUCAGAACGAAGAAGCCACCUUCCCUCCCGCGGCUGAGGACGAGGAGAUGGAGGUGUCAGGGACGAGUGGCAACGAGGAGGAGAUGGCAGAGGAGGCGGAAGCUGCAGUAAAUAACAGCUCCGACACCGAGAGCAUUCCCUCGCCAAGGCCCGAAGCCAAAGAAGGAGGCGAAAACGGGGCCAAGGCACCACCCGGGCCGGGAGGUGACGCCGGCACAGAGCCGGCAGUCAAGUGGGAAGAGGCUCCAACACCCCCCGACGCUCCCCCUGCUCCCCCUGCCAACCCCGCUCCUGCCGCCAGCCCCCCGCCGGAGACGGCUCCCGAGGCACCCAGCACCGAGGAGAAGGUGCCGGAGGACCUGGUGGUGGACGUGGUGAAAACGGAGGAGCCGGAGGAGAAGGCGAGCGAGGAGCCCUGCAAGAGCGAGGUGAAGAAGGAGGAGAGCGAAGAGAGCCAGGAGAAGGACAAGGGGAAUGACAAGAAGGUGGAAAGCGGCGUCAGCAGCGCGGGGACGGCGGGGACGGAGGGGACGCCCAAGGCCGAGAAGAAGGAGAGCCACAAGGGCAGUAAAGGCCCCGGGGUGAACCCCGACAGCGACUCCAGCGCGACCUGCAGCGCAGACGAGAUGGAUGAGCAGGAUGCUGUGGACAAGAGCAGGUUGCUGUCCCCCCGGCCCAGCCUGCUCAACACCGCCAGCGACACCCGGCUCAACUCCUCGCCGCAGAAGCCGCUGGACCUGAAACAGCUGAAGCAGAGAGCUGCUGCCAUCCCUCCCAUUAUUUCUGAAGGUUUCUCAGAGGGGGUAUUGCAGAGUGGAAGCGCGAAGCCUCAGGUGCCUCCCCACGCCUUGGCUCUCUACCAGCAGCAGAUCACAAAAGCCCACGAGUCUGCCCGCGAGGACGUGCCCCCGAGCAAGCUGUCACAGUCCCAGCAGCAGCAGGCUGAGAAGGAGCAGCAGCAGCCCAGCAGCAGUCCCAGGGGGAAGAGCCGGAGCCCUGCUGUUGGAGAGAAGGAAGAGAAGUCCGUGCAUUUCUCGGCCAUUGCAGAGGUUCAGAAGCUGAGUGCUGAGUCAGUGGCUGCCUCGUGCUGGCCCCCUGUUCUGUCCUACCCCCGGGAUGUGAUCAAAACUUCUCCCCAGACGGAGCCCCACUUGUUCCAGUAUAACCCACCAGGACACCCCAUCCCACUCAACCUGCAUGAGAGCUCUCGCUCAGGGCUGCAGAGACUAGCCAGCAUCUCCAACCCUCCUCCCCUCAUCUCCUCCACCAAGCACCCCUCCGUGCUGGAGAGAUCCGUCGGAUCCAUUUCCCAGGGAAUGCCCAUCCAGCUCCACACACCCUACAGCCCCGAGCACGCCAAGGUCCCCGUCGGUUCCAUCACCAUGGGCCUGCCACUGACCAUGGAUCCCAAGAAACUGGUGCCUUUUCCUGGAGUAAAGCAGGAACAACUUUCUCCUAGAAGCCAGGCCAGCCAGCCAGAAAGUCUGGUUCUGCAGCCGUCCCAGGAGGGCUCCAUCCUGCGGGGUACUUCCCUCAGCUCUGCCUCGGGAGGAAGCAUCACCAAAGGAACACCCACAUCCAGACCCCCUCCAGAGUCACCCAUCACCUACCGAGGGUCCAUCACACACGGCACCCCGGCAGAAGUGCUGUACAAAGGAACCAUUACCAGGAUAAUCGGAGAAGACAGCCCCAGCAGAGCGGAGAAGGCGAGGGAGGAUGCCGUGCCCAAAGGACAUGUCAUCUACGAAGGGAAGAAGGGCCACGUGCUGUCCUAUGAGGGUGGAGUUGCUGCUUCUCAGUGUCCCAAAGAAGACAGCAGGAGCUCGGGAGCUUCCCAUGAGACCACAGGAACUAAGCGGACCUAUGAUAUGAUGGAGGGGAGGAUCAGCCGGGGCUUACCAACCCGUGAUACCUUAUCCACCAGCAUUGAAGGUCUCAUGGGUCGAGCGAUCCCUCCAGACCGACACAGUCCCCAUAACCUAAAGGAGCAGCAUCACAUGCGAGGCUCGAUUACACAAGGAAUACCUCGGUCCUAUGUGGAGGCCCAUGAGGACUACCUCAGAAGAGAAGCCAAACAGCUCAAGAGGGAAAACACUCCACCAAGGGACUUAUCUGAUGCCUACAAGGUCAGAUCUCAUGAUCUGACUCCUCUGAAAAUGAAAUCAGCCCAUGAAGACCUGGUAGCCACGGUGAAAGAAGCAGGAAGAUCAAUCCAUGAGAUCCCCCGGGAGGAGCUGAGGCGGACACCAGACAUCUCUCUGACCAGACCUCUGAAGGAAGGUUCCAUCACGCAGGGUACCCCGCUGAAGUAUGACAGCGGCUCUUCCUCCUCGAGUACCAAAAAGCAUGAUGUGCGGUCCAUCAUCGGCAGUCCCGGCAGGACUUUUCACUCUGUGCAUUCUCUGGAUGUCAUCCAAGACCCGAGGAAUCUGGAAAGAGCUUACGAAGAGAGCCUGAAAAACAGGCCAAGCCCUGUGACAAACUCGGGUGGCUCCAUCGCCAGAGGGGCUCCUGUGAUUGUACCCGAGCCGGGCAAACCCCACCAAAGUGCCCUCGGCUAUGAGGACCACCAGGCAGGGCACAGCACGGCCUUCAGCAGCCACUUGCACAGAGGGUCUCCAGUCUCCACGCGGGAGUCCACCCCACGGCAGCACGAAGCAGGGAGCAUCACUGCUGGGAAGCCGGUGUCCCAGGACAGAAAGAUCACCCCCACGUCGAGAGAGCUCACCAACUCCAAGUCCCCGCACGCCCCCGUGCCCGACCACCAUCACCCCAUCUCCCCGUACGAGCACCUGCUCCGCGGCGUCAGCGGCGUCGAUCUGUACCGAGGCCACAUCCCGCUGCCUUUCGACCCCGCCGCCAUCCCGAGGGGAAUCCAGCUGGAAGCAGCUGCUGCUUACUACCUGCCAAGGCAUCUGGCUCCGAGCCCCACGUACCCACACCUGUACCCCCCGUACCUCAUCCGGGGCUACCCGGACACGGCCGCCAUGGAGAACCGCCAGACCAUCAUCAACGACUACAUCACGUCGCAGCAGAUGCACCACAACGCCGCAGCCACGGCCAUGGCGCAGCGGGCGGACAUGCUGCGCGGGCUGUCGCCCCGGGAGCCCUCCCUCGCCCUCAACUAUGCAGCAGGCAUCAUCGACCUGUCCCAAGUGCCACACCUGCCCGUCCUCGUGCCCCCUACCCCUGGCACCUCUGCCACCACCAUGGACCGCAUCACCUACAUCCCUGGACCCCCCCAGACCUUCGGCAGCCGGCACAGCAGCUCCCCGCUCUCCCCAGGAGGGCCCACACACAUGACCAAACAGUCAGGAUCGUCGGUGUCCGAACGGGAACGGGAACGGGAGCGGGAACGAGAGAGGGAGCGUGAAAAAUCCAUCCUAGCCUCCACCACAGUGGAGCAUGCGCCCAUCUGGAGACCAGGUACAGAGCAGUCCAGCAGCCGUUCGUCCUCCCACUCCCACAGCCACCAGCACUCUCCCGUGUCCCCCCGCACCCACGAGACCAUCCAGCAGCGCCCCAGCGUGCUCCACAACACCGGCAUGAAGAUCAUCUCCUCGGAGACCCCCACCCCUUCCGUCCUACGGUCCUCCUCCACCACCACCACGUCGCCAAUCCGCUCUGCCGCCUUCCCCUCGGCCUCCUCCCUGCGCUCGUCCCUCAGCGCGGCCGACGGCUACACGGCCCCGCUGGACCCGGCCAUCCUGCAGAAAGAGGCCUCGAGGGUGCGGGAAGCCAAGACAGAACGAGCCCAGACUGACAACAACGUCUACACCUCAAAGCUGCCCAGCGGGGCCAACCUCGAGCAGUCGCCUUCGCCCAUUAAAGCCAUGGAGUCGAGACCUUUGCCCGCCUCCGGACCUGGCUCCUCUCAUCACUAUGGCAGAGGACAGGGGAAAAGCCAGCAGCACCACCACCCUCUGGACCAGCAGCACGCAGCCUCAGGCUCCGAGCAGCACAGUAGAGAAAAGAGUCAGAGUAAACGCUUCUCCAUGCAGGAGCAGGAGCUCCGAGGACUCGGCUUCCAUGGAGGCUACAGCCCCGAGCAGAUGGAAGCAGUGAGUCCGGUGAGCUCGCCCAGCCUGUCCCAUGAGAAAGGGGCCAAGCUGCUGCAGGACACAGAGAAGGGGCACGGGGAGCAUGACCUGAGGCAGAAGCAGCAAGGCUCGCUGAAGGCCUCGGCUCCGGACGCCGCGCACCUGCAGCACCUGAGGCAGCCCGACGGCCCCCAGUGCCAGCCCCUGCAGUCCAGCCAGAGCAUCAAGGGCAUGAACCAGCGCGUGGUCACGCUGGCCCAGCACAUCAGUGAGGUCAUCACGCAGGACUACACGCGCCAUCACCCGCAGCAGCUCAACUCCCACCUGCAGGCCCCGGUGUACUCGUUCCCCGGCGCGGCGUGCCCGGUGCUGGACCUGCGCCGCACGCCCAGCGAGGCCUACCUGCAGCAGCAGGAGCACGCCGCGGCCUCGCGCGUCUCCCCGCACGGCGAAGGGGGCAAGAGGUCCCCGGAGCAGGCCAAGGCGGCGGCGGGGGGGCCGGAGAGCUGCAUCGAGCCCGUGUCCCCACCCGACGGCGCGGGAGAGGCGGAGCACGCCAAGAGCGCCCCGUACCCCGUCCUGUUCCGCGAGGGAGAGCCCAUGGACCAGAGGAUGGGGUCCAAGUCCCCAGGAAACAACACUCAGCGUCCAGCUUUCUUCAGCAAGCUGACCGAAAGCAACUCUGCCAUGGUGAAGUCCAAGAAGCAGGAGAUCAUCAAGAAGCUCAGCACGACCAACAAAAACGAGACGGAGUACAAUGUGGGGCAGCCUGGGACAGAGAUUUUCAACAUGCCAGCGAUUACUGGAGCAGGGCUAAUCAGUUGUAGGAGCCAGUCGGUCCAAGAGAAUUCCAGUACCAACAUGGGGUUGGAGGCAAUAAUUAGGAAAGCCCUAAUGGGUAAAUAUGACGAGCAGUGGGAAGAGCGCUCACCUCUCAGUGCCAAUGCUUUUAACUCUCUGAAUGCCAGUGCAAGCCUGCCCGCUGCUAUGCCCAUAACUCCUGCUGAUGGACGAAACGAGGACGUGCGCUCCUUGCCAGGAGGAGGGGGGAAGCCAAAGAUCGCUGCCAGGCCCAACAGCCGCAAGGCCAAGUCGCCGGCGCCGGGUCUGUCCUCGGGCGAGCGGCCACCCUCGGUGUCCUCGGUGCACUCGGAGGGCGACUGCAACCGCAGGACCCCCCUCACCAACCGCGUCUGGGAGGACAGGCCGUCGUCCGCAGGCUCGACGCCGUUCCCCUACAACCCGCUGACCAUGCGGCUCCCCAGCGGGGUGGUGACGGCAGCGCCCAGCGCCCCGCUGCCGCAGGGCACCCCCGGCAGCCAGCACCACGCCUGGGACGAGGAGCCCAAGCCCCUGCUCUGCUCCCAGUACGAAACCCUUUCGGACAGUGAAUGAGAGGAGCCAGGGCAGGGAGACGGCGACCAAACCCGGGGCACGGGGAGCGAGCGGGACACCCGGGGCGAGCGCCCACCACCCCGGCCCCGCCGGCUCUCAUGAGCGAAGAUGCAGGAGCAGAGCUGUUUCAUUUUUCCCUUUUCCUUUUUUUUUUUUUUUUUAAUCCCUUCCCUCCCAGCCAGCCAAAUUGGUGGGGGAUGAUGGUUUUGGUUUGUUUUGGUUUUUUUUUCUUUUUUUUUUUUUUUUUUAAUUUUGUUUGGGUUAUUUUUUUCUCUUUCUCAACAUCUGGAAAUUUCUGCAUCCUCUUCGGUCUGAUAAAGAAAAGAAAAAAGCCUUAACGAGACAAAACCCAAGGAACCCAUCUUCGAUCUUGGCAGCCGUGCUGGGUGGUGACCCCCGUGCUCCAGAGGGACCGCGAGCGGCCGUGUGUCCGUCCCGGGGCCGCGGGGACGCUCUGCCAGCCCCGUCCCACGAGGGCUGCGGGAUGUUCUGCGGAGCUGGCGGCGGGCGGUGGGAUGCUCCCCCGCACCCGGCCGUGGGGAUGUGCCUCAGAAUCGCAAAACCUUGAGCGGGUUAAAGAAAAGAUGUAAAAACAAAACAAAAAAAAACGGUUGAGCAGUGAAACAGGACUGAACGCCCCGGGUCGGUUCCCUGGCUGAUCCGAGGGCUGGGUGCCCGGCGUUCCCGUGCCACGAGACGUAUCGGCCCCACGACGACACGCUUGGAAUGUGGCUGGGAGGAGCGGGCAGGGGAGGGGGUGAAGAGCUGUUUCUUAAAAAGAAAAAAACCCACAAAAAAUCCUGGUCCCUUGGAUGGAAGCAAUGCCGGGUGACUCGGAGCGGGCAGGGCCGUCCCGGGCUGGCUCACGCGCUGCCCGCCCAGGGGCUCGGUUGCUUUAAGUGCAUUGUUUUCUGAAUGGUGAGAAAAGGCAAUUGUAAAUUGUAUUGGUCUACAGGGUAUAUUUUUGAUACCUUCAGUGAAUUAUGUCAAUAUUUUACGCAAGGAAGGACUUGAACAAAACACAGUAUUACAUGCUGUAAAAGAGGUUCUGUUCUUACAUGGAGGCUUUGAUGCAUUUGUCCAUUGUAUGGAAGGGUUUUAAAAAAAAAAAGAAGGUAACAGUGAUCCAUCAAAGUUAUCUGGGAGUCAGGAGAAUGUAUGUACUUAGUUUAAAAAAAAAAACCAAACAAAAAUCUUGCCAUGGUUGCAGGGCCCCCCGUUACACACACCUUUGCUGGUUGUAGACGUUGAUUCUCCAGAGCCCUCCAAGCUGGCCAGGGCAGGGGCAGAGUGGGCAGGAGGCCAGCGUGGCAGGGAGUUCACAGGAAACUUUAAAAAAAAAAAAAAAAAAAAGGAAAAAAAGUUAAAAAAAAGUUUUUAUUGUAUUUUUGUGAUACACACGAAUGCUCUACUUUACAUUAUUUUUUUCAUUCCAUGAUGUUGGCUCAUAUCUGCAGUUACAUGGUUAAAGAACAAAAAUAUUAGACUUUUUUUCAUUCACUUCUGCUUUCUCGCUCUGGGGGGAAAAACAAAUGGCAAAAAAAAAAAAAAAAAGAAAAAAAAAUAAAAUGUAUUAAAUGCUUUGCAUUCUAUACGCUAGAGGAGCCCCAGCCCGGCCCAGCCCCGCAGCCUCUGGCAGCCCCGUGGGCUCAGGCACCUUCACCUUCCCCACGGAUCUUUCUUUUCCCCCUGCAACGUUCCCAGGUUGAUUCUGAUUUCAAAGCAAGAGAAUGAUGGUGUUUGUUGUUUGUUUGGGGUUUGUUUUGGUUUUUUUUUUUCUGUUGGGUUUUAUUUUUUUGUUUUGUUUUUUUACAAUGUACAGGUUUUUAAAUGUUCAUCAAUGUUUGUGUCUUUUCUGUUGUGCUUUUAUUUUUUUUUUUUUUUAAGAAAAAAAUCCAAGACAAUGCACAAGCGAUGUGGAAAGUUUUUGCGUUCCCAGGUUAUUGCUGCUGGUGUCUCUGUGGCUCUGAGCUGUACAAACUCACAGAGCUGAUGUCUGGGCAAAACGCUAUUAAAAUGUUGCAGAUUCUGCUGGGAAAAAAAAAAAAAGAAUUAUCCAAAUCUGACCCAUCUUCAAAGCCGCCUCCUUAGCUGAUUCGGAAAAAACAGCGGAAAAAACCCCGACCACAACAAAGAAUAAAGUUCCCACUUGGCACAGUAGCAA